AUGACUAAUCCUCAAAUCCUUGCUGAUAAUUAUAAGAAAAUAUUAAUCAUUUUAAAUAAUAUAAUCAAGAAUGAAGACAACAAUUCACUUAUAGAUUAUCCUGUUCUUAUUGGCUCACGCGCUGCAAAAUGGCAUAUUAUUUCUUUUCGUGAACCUAAUGAUUGGGAUUUGAUGGCAACUCCUUUACAAACAACUUUAUUUAUUAAUAAAGUUAAAGAAUCUAAUGCUACUUUUAAAUAUAUAAAAUUAAUUUAUUAUCCAGGAGGUGGACUAAAACUUGCUGGAAAGUAUAUUGAUCAAUAUACAGCAGAUAAAAAACUUAUUAGCUUUGAUAUUGAACUUGUCUCCGAGAAAGUGGAUCUCAGAAACAUGAAAUCCAUCUUUGAAUAUAAUUCUGAAGAUAAUGAGAAAGUUGAUGAUAUGCAAGAUGAUAAUGAAUUCAAUUUUGACAUUUUUGAAGAUAAUUAUAAAAAAUCUAAUGCUGAAGAUUCUGAAGAUAAUAUGAAAGAUGAUGAUAUGCAAGAUGACGAUAUGCAAGAUGAUGAUGAAAUCAAUGAAAUUGAAUUUGAAAGGUUUAAUGAUGUUCACCCAAAAAUGAGUGCUCUAAUGAUUUUAGAAUUAUGUCGUAAUAUUGAAGAUAAAAUAAUGCUUCCAUUAUUGUCAAAUUUCUUAUGUAUUAUUGCUCCAUUGAAAAUUCUUGAAGCUUUGAAAACAUCUCAAAUUUAUUGGCCAGCAGAUUUUCAUAAAAAUAUUUCAGAUUUACAUUUGUUGAGAAUUUUAUUAGAUUAUAAUAAAGAUAAAGUUUCAAUAAUUCAACCACUAUAUAGUCCACAACGUGAUGAGUUAAUUGAACUUAUAUUAGAAACUCGUAUUAAAGAAACUGAAAUUAUACAAGGUAAAUCAGAUGCAUAUAUCAACUUAAAUAUGUCCAAUAAUGAUUUCUUGGAAUAUGAAGAUAAUCUUUUUGUACAACAAUGUAUUUCCCAUGAGGAUUUAUAUGAACUUGUAAAAUAUGGUGAUCAUCCAAUUUAUCAAGGUUUAAGGGAUGGCCAGUCUAAAGCAUUGAUAAAAAAAUCCCUUUUUGAAAAACUUGACUAUCAAACAAAAAUUAAUUGUAUAAAAGAAGUAGCAAUGGUUAUUGCACUUGAAAGAUAUCUUAUUCCAAUGAUCUCCAAAGAUCAAGAAAAUUCUUAUAAAUUGGCACUUGUUAGGAUCUGUACUAAAUUAACCAAAGGCUGUGAUGAAGACAAAGAUGAAGAUGACAGUGAUUCGUUUGACAUUGAUAAUGUGGAUAUUUCAUUUGAAGAUCCAUUGGAAAUUCAUCCUUAUCAGAGUCGCAGUGGCAAAUUUUCAAAACUUGUCUCUAAGCAUACAUUUGUACUUGGAAUUGGUGCAAGUGCUUCCUGGAACCGCUGGAGUGUUGAUGAAGAUAUUUGGGAACCAAUAAAUAUUAAAGUUAAAUCAGCUGAUUAUGUUGCUAGUUUACUUGAAAUCCCUGAUAUUACUGGUGAUUUAUUAUUUAAAUAUGUUUUGGAUUGUUUGAAACCAACUUUAAUAUGUGAUGGAGAUACACCACUUAAACAUUGGGUUAAUAAGUUGAAAAGUAAUGGAACUAUUCCAAUUGAACCAAAUCAACAUCCUUGGUAUUAUGCUUGGAAUUAUAAAUUGAAUAGAAAAUCUAUCAAUAUAUAA